AUGGCUCGUUUACUGAGGUCCUUACAGCGAUUGCUGGGAAAUCCUAGUCCGGCAAUCUCUACAACUCCGCCAGGUCCUAGUGUGACUCGAGUUCGAUCUAUUGAUACAGAUUUUUCCGUUAUUAAAGAGGGAGACCAGGUUUUAUUACACACCAAACAGCCAUCAUUGACAAAACCACUGCAGAAGGGAGGCAAGACAAAUCUUCGGCGUGGACAUUUGGAGCACGAUCGCGCCAUUGGGAGUCGGGUAUGGGACGCAGUCCAAGCACACAAGGGUAAAGCGCUCGCGCAAAUUAUGUCACGCAACGCGACUGACGCCGAAAUAGGCCCAGAGGUUCGACUGAGCCUUCCAACCCUUGAGGAAUAUGUCACUCUGACCCCUCGCUUGGUAACACCGAUUUAUGCUCAUGAUGCCAACUUGAUCGUCUCCCUCCUUGAUAUUCAUACAAACCCGACCGCCUCGAACGAUACUCAACCUCCGAUCGAAAUCCUCGAAUCCGGCACUGGUCAUGGAUCCUUGACAUUACAUCUAGCGCGUGCCCUCCACGCCGCCAACACGACUCCACCGCAACGACCAGCCGGUUCACAGAUCCAGUAUGUAGCCGGCCGAAAUCGAAGCCCAGCGGAGAGUGGUACCCCAGAUACAGACCAGCAACCUUCGAGUGAGAACGACCCGGUACAACAGGAAUGGGAUGCGUGGCGGACAGAGCGCGGCGCCAUCAUCCAUACGGUGGACGUUUCAUCCAAAUUCGCUAAGCUCGCCGAGAAAAACGUGAAAGGUUUCCGUCGAGGAAUCUACUCCGGCACUGUCGAUUUUUACGUCGGCGCCGUGGAAGAAUGGAUUAAUUCACAAGUCGCCCUGCGUACCAAGCCGGGCGAGCCGGUCAAGCCCUUCUUGUCGUAUGCCAUUUUGGACAUGCCGUCUGCACAUGAACGUAUUCCAUUGGUAAAGGAUAUCAUCCACCGGGAUGGCAAAUUGAUUGUCUUUGCGCCUAGCAUCACGCAGAUUGGUGACUGUGUGCGGAUGGUCCAGAAGAUGAACCGGCCCUUUGUCUUGGACCGAGUUGUUGAGCUUGGUUCGGGACUGACCAGUGGCCGAAACUGGGAUGUUCGUCUGGCUGUUAAGAAGUCUGCUUCCGAUCCCUCAACGUGGGAUUCGACUACUGAAGGAGGGGAAGCUACUGCUGACGAGGCUCCUGACUCUGAGCCUGUCAGCGUGGAACCUUCGGCCCCAAGCGCCUUUGACGAGGCGAAUGCUGUCAUGGUCUGUCGGCCUAAAGUUGGGUUACGCACAAUGGGUGGUGGGUUUGUCGGAGUCUGGCGUCGUAUUGAAGAUCGCCCUUAG